AGACAACUGUGCCACGGGCACGUGUUCAGCUGCGCCACACAUCGGGCAAGUUCAGAAUUUGGAGAGGAAAGUGCAUUCGUCCAUCAUUCUGCCGUCCACUAAAUAUCAAAAUGAGCUGGAUUCCGAUUUCCUCAAAGUCUGUCUUUGAAAAUCAUAUUCUGGAUGCCUCAUGCGGGGCGGAGGCUUUCAAAGCCGGCGGUGUCGGUGCUGUUGCGGGAGCGUUGGGUGGAAGCGCGUUCGGCUGGUGGGUAGCAAUGCCCGGUCAGCAAAUCCUGAAAGAAGCCGCCAGUUCGUCACUGUUCUUCGCCGCGGCAGGAGCCGCCUUUUACGGAACCAAGUGUACGGUGGCCCAGAUUCGGCACCGAGAUGAUAUGUGGAACGCCCCCGCUGGAGCUUUGGUUGCCGGUGUGAUGCUGGGCUUAAGAUCGGGCAAGAUGAGCAGAGUGGUUGCACAUGGGGCUCUCCUUCCCGUCGUUGUUGCCUUUACGGAGUGGGCAGCCUUCACUUCUAGUGAGACGAAAGAUCUCAGUUAUGAACAAAAACAACAGAAACGGGACGAAGGUUUCUUCCAAUGGCCAAAGCGGGAUCCUUUUGCUGAGAGAUGGGCGGAAAUCAAGAAGCGCGAGGAGGAAAAGGGUGCACCAUCAGCUUAAUUAUUGUAGAAAUCUUGAAUUUAUACUCAUUGGAUACCAAUGCUCUUCUAUGGUACUCGGCCGGGGAGGUAGCGGCCACAGGUGAAUGACUUCAGAUACCGCGCGAUCAUAAAUACAUAGGGUGCCAAUGAUUCCAUCAGCAUGAAAGGGUUGGCUCUCGCUGGUACUCAUGUAUUGACAAGCGGGCAGUGAAGUGCUUUAUGGCCUGCAUGACCACAAUGGUGACAAUGAAUAUGAUCAAAUCGACAAAGACUG